AAUCCCUGUCCGGCACAGGCUGUGCCGGACCGGAGUGAGCUAGAUAAAUGAGUUAACAUGUCUUUCCUGUAAAAUCUGCCUGGCUUAGGUCUUCCUGUGCUUUUUUAUGGCGCUAGUUUUUGUGCAAUCUUUCUUUUUCUCACAGAUUCAUAUCGGUUUUCAUAACAAUACUACAUGACCUUUAAAGAGCAGGCUGUCACAUGCUCUGUGUCCAUCUGACUGCAACCAUGAACGUGACGGCCCCCCUGCUGCUGCUGCUUCUCACUGCUUGUGUGGUCAGUGGAGCCACGCCGCCCAGAGCUUUAUGGCAGUUUGGGAAAAUGAUCAGCUGUGCUCAGCCUGGUGUUAAUCCUCUCAAAUACAAUGAUUACGGGUGCUGGUGUGGCUUCGGAGGUAGAGGGACUCCAGUGGACGAAGUGGACACGUGCUGUAAAGCUCAUGAUAAAUGUUACCAAAGCAGCAAAGCAAAACCUGGAUGCACAGGCCUUAUGGACCUUCCCUAUAUCCUUGCUUAUGACUACACCUGUUCAAAUAAUCAGGUGAACUGUUCAGGAACCAACAAUAAGUGCCAAGCUGCCGUGUGUGAGUGCGAUCGAGUGGCAGCGAACUGCUUUGCUCAGGCCAAAUACAUACCUGAAAACAAGAACCUGGAUCCUGACGUCCACUGUAUCAACUGAAUCAGAAAUCAGAUAAAAGAAUAAAACACAUUACAUACA